AUGUCCUUACAAUCCUUCUCGGAUGCCAUGGGCUUGGCGAUGAUGCCGUGUUUGUCCGACCAAUGCCGUGCGGCUGCCUCGCAGAUCGCGUCACAGAAUGAGGAUGUGAUCCAAAUCGAUUUCAGUCGACUCAAGGUGACGGCAUUCGACGAGGAGGAUACUGAUGCAGUGCCAAGUGCAUGGAAGGCUCCCCAGCUGUGGGAGCCAGUCAUUUGGCGCGAACUGGAUGAGGCAGAGGCCGGCUGCGACCGCGACCGGGAGAGAGGCUGCAACUUGCCGGGUUUGGCCGUUGCUGGUUGGUGCUGCUGGCAGACCGGGGGCACAUUUGCCGCCUUUCUUGUGGAGCUCUUCGCGCCGGAAGACCCGCCACAGGAUGCCGUGCUGGCCAUGGCGGUCCUCUCCCUCCCAACGCCCUGCAGACAAAGAAGGAUCGAGUGA